CUGGCUGCGGCGGCUCCGCUAGUCAGAAGCCCGGGUUCAGACCCUCCGCCCAGCUUCCUCUCGGGCUCCAGGUCUGUCAUUUUCAUUAAUAAUUGCUGCUUAGAGGUACCAAAGUAAAGGAUAUUUGCUAUAUUUAAUAUUUUCCAGUUCAGGUUCGAGGCCCAGGUUGAGCAGCAAGAAUGGAUUUAGAAGAACACGUGAUGGUUUUAGAGAGAAUGUCACAGCUGAUUUUGAGUGCAGUGCCAAAAGCUGAAUAUUCCAGUUUAUUCAAUGAUUUUGUUGAAUCUGAAUUUUUUCUGAUUGAUGGAGAUUCAUUACUUGCUACAUGCAUAUGUGAGAAAUCAUUAAAGCCAGGGCAGCAGCUCCACUUCUUCUAUCUGGUUGAAUGCUAUCUUAUGGAUCUUAUCAGUAAAGGAGGACAAUUUGCCAUAGUUUUCUUCAAGGAUGCUGAGUAUGCAUAUUUCAACUUCCCUGAACUUCUUCCUUUGAGAACUGCUUUAAUUCUUCAUCUUCAGCAUAAUACCAGCAUUGAUGUUCGAACAAAAUUUUCUGGAUGCCUAUCACAGGAGUGGGGGAUUUUCUUGGAAGACAGUUACCCAUAUUACCUGAUAGUUGCCGAUGAAGGCCUGAACCAUCUACAAACAUACCUUUUCAACUUUUUAAUUACUCAGUCUUGGGCAAUGAAGGUCAACAUUGUGCUUUCCUCAGGGCAAACAUCUGAUAUUCUUCGACUUUAUGCAUACCUUAUGCCAAGCAUGUAUAAAAACCAACAAUUUUUCAAAGAGAAUAAAAAGAAGAUUGAGAGUGCUUAUAAAACCCUGAUUAAACAAUUGGAAGAAUGUAGAAUUUCAGCACUAGAAUCUCUUUUUGGAAAUAUAAAAUGGAAGAAUAUGAUGGAAGAGGCAUGUGAAACUAUUUCUCAGCUUAAGCAACUCUGGCCAGAAGGAUCUGACAUUCGGCGUGUUCUUUGUGUUACUUCAUGCUCAUUGUCUUUGAGAAUGUACCAUCACUUUUUAGAAAAUAGAAAGAAGACUACCUCUAUUGAGAAAACUAACAUCCAAGAGGGGGAAAGUAAUUGCUUAGCCCUGCAAGAGAUGGAAGAUUUGUGUAAACUGCAUUGUCUCAGUGUGGUUUUCCUACUCCACUUACCUCUUUCUCAAAGAGCCUGCACUAGAUUCAUCACUUCCCACUGGACUAAGAACAUUCACACUUUCUUAGAAAUGAAAAAGUGGUGUGAAUAUUUCAUCCUAAGUAAUAUAAACAUUUGUGAGUUUUGGAAUCUGAAUUUAAUUCACCUUUCGGACUUAAGUGAUGAACUUUUGUUGAAGAAUAUUGCUUUUUACUAUGAAAAUGAAAAUGUUGAAGGCCUACAUUUGAAUUUGGGAGAUGUCAUUAUGAAAGAUUAUGAACAUCUCUGGAAUACUGUGUCAAAGUUGGUCAGAAAGUUUGCUGUUGGAAAGCCAUUUCCUCUGAGAACAACAAAACUUUCUUUUCUUGAAAAGAAUCCAUCACCAAUCAAAGAUACUGCCAAGGAAAACAUUCCUAAUUUGGGAUUUAUUUCAAUGUCAUGUGAAGUGGUUGAUAAGUUUGUUGGUGACCUUUUGACAGAUUUGCCUUUCUUAAAGAGUGAUGAUCCUAUUGUAACUUCACUAGUUAAACAAAAGGAAUUUGAUGAACUUGUGCAUUGGCAUUCUCACAGACCCCUUAGUGAUGAUUAUGACAGGACGAAGUGUCAAUUUGAUGAAAAAUCUAGAGAUCCUCGUUGUCUCAGGUCUGUGCAGAAGUAUCAUGUUUUUCAACGAUUUUAUGGGAAAUCAUUAGAAUCAGUCUCUCCAAAAGUUGUUGUAACUCAAGCUGUCAAGCCAAAGGAUAAGUUCAUUGCACCCAAGAACAAAAAGGCACAUGAGACCAAGGCUGAAGUAAUUACUAGAGAGAAUAAAAAGAGGUUAUUUGCUAAGGAAGAAGAGAAAGAGGAGAAAAAAUGGAGUGUUCUGUCAUUUUCUAUUGAGGAGGAAAUGAAAGAAAACUUAAACUCUGGAAUAAAGAACCUGGAAGAGUUUUUGAAAUCAUGUAAAAGUAACUCAGUGAAAUUUCGAGUUGAAAUGGUAGCCUUAACUGCCUGCUUGAAAGCAUGGAAAGAACAUUGCAGAGGUAAAGGUGAAACCACAAAAGAUUUAAAUAUAGCUGUUCAAAUGAUGAAAAGGAUCCACUCCUUGAUGGAAAAAUACCCAGAACUUUUGCAGGAGGCAGAUCAGCAACUCAUAGCCAGAUGCCUGAAGUAUUUAGGAUUUGAUGAAUUGGCAAGUUCUUUAUAUCCAACCCAGGUUGCAAGAGAUGACAUGAAGAAAACAGAUAAAUACUCAAUUGGCAUUGGGCCAGUUCGGUUUCAACUACAAUACAUGGGCCAUUAUUUGAUACGAGAUGAGAGAAAAGAUCCAGAUCCCAGGGUUCAGGAUUUUAUUCCUGACACAUGGCAGAUUGAAAAGUAUGGAUUUCCUUCUGAUCUUACCCUUUCCCCUCGAGAAACCAUCCAGCUUUAUGAUACCAUGUUUCAGUUCUGGGAAAGCUGGCCCAGGGCCCAGGAGUUCGAUCCAGAGAAAUUCAUUCAUUUUAAGAAUAAAAUAGUCAUUAAAAAGUUGGAUGCUAGAAAAUAUGAAGAGAGCUUAAAGGCAGAACUAACAAGUUGGAUCAAAAAUGGCCAUGCCGAGGAGUUUGUAGGAACUAUUUGUAUAUUAAAACCUUCACCUGGGGUCAUAUUCAACUUAAGAGAUGUAGAACAAACAGCUAUAUGUGUGAGAAGUUUCCUGGAGCAAAAGCAAAAGAGACAAAGACCUCCUAAAGCUGAUAAAGAAGCCUAUGACAUGACUAACAAACUUCGAAAAGUUAAAAAAUCCAUUGAGAAACAAAAGACAAUAGAUGAAAAAAGCCAGAAAAAUCCCAGAAAAAUGGACCAAAUCCUAAUACAUGAAGCUGAACAUAAUAAUCUACUCAAGACUUUAGAGAAGAACCUGGAAAUCCCUCAGGAGUGCACAUAUGCUAAUCAAAAAGCUAUAGACACUGAGACUUUGCAGAUGGUGUUUGAUCGAGUAAAAUUCACAAGAAAGGGUGCAGAGCUGAAGGCUUUGGCAAGAAGGGGUAUUGGAUAUCAUCAUAGCUCUUUAAACUUCAAAGAAAAGCAGUUAGUUGAGAUUCUUUUUAGGAAAGGUUUUAUUAGGGUGGUGACAGCUACUGGGACACUUGCUUUAGGAAUCAACAUGCCUUGUAAAUCUGUGGUUUUUGCUCAAAACUCAAUCUAUCUGGAUGCUUUAAAUUACAGACAGAUGUCUGGACGUGCUGGAAGACGAGGUCAAGACCUGCUGGGAGAUGUAUAUUUCUUUGAUAUUCCAUUGCCCAAAAUAGAAAAACUCAUUAAAUCCAAUGUUCCUGAACUGAGAGGACAAUUCCCUCUCGGCAUUACCCUGGUCCUGCGACUCAUGCUGCUGGCUUCCAAAGGAGAUGACCCAGAGGAUGCUAAAGCAAAGGUGCUGUCAGUGCUAAAGCAUUCAUUGCUGUCCUUCAAAAAACCCAGAGUCAUGAAGAUGUUAAAACUUUAUUUCUUGUUUUCUUUGCAAUUCCUUGUGAAACAGGGCUAUUUAGAUCAAGAAGGUAAACCAAUGGGGUUUGCUGGACUUGUAUCACAUUUGCAUUAUCAUGAGCCUUCUAAUCUUGUUUUUGUCAGUUUUCUUGUAAAAGGCCUUUUCCAUAAUCUCUGUCAGCCAACUAGGGAAGGCUCAAAACAUUUUUCUCAAGAUGUUAUGGAAAAGCUAUUGUUAGUCUUGGCAAAUCUGUUUGGAAGAAGACCUCUUCCAGCAAAGUUCCAGGAGACUACUGUCAAGUUUUAUCAAUCAAAGGUGUUCCUUGACGAUCUCCCUAAGGAUUUUAAUGAUGCUUUACGUGAGUAUAACAUGGACGUUACAAAGGACUUUGCCUCCUUCCUACUAAAUGUUGCCAAAUUGGCUGAUAUGAAACAGGAAUAUCAACUCCCAUUGUCAAAAAUAAAUUUCACAGGAAAAGAAUGUGAGGGCUCUGAACUGGUUUCUCAUUUGAUGAACUGCAAAGAAGGAAGAGCAGCUAUUUCUCCAUUUGUUUGUCUCUCCGGAAACUCUGAUGGUGAUUUGCUUCUACCAAAUACUCCGAACCAUGUCGUUCUACGCACAAUUGGUAUCAAUCACACUCAGGCUCCUGUGCUGUGGUCAGAGAUAUUGGAUGACCAAGGAAGAAGAAUGCCACUUAAUGCUUAUGCACUUGAUUUCUAUAAACAUGGUUCCUUGACAGGACUAGUCCAGGACAACGGGAUAAAUGAAGGAGCUGCUUAUUACUUGUUGAAAGAUUUUGCACUCACCAUUAGAUCUAUCAGUGUUUCCUUGCGUGAACUAUGUGAAAAUGAAGACGACAACGUGGUCUUAGCAUUUGAACAAUUGAGUAACACCUUUUUUGAAAAACUUGAUGGAGUUUAAAAAUAAAGAUUAUCCAGACCACUUAAAAUGUUGCCAUGGGCAUUUUUAAAGUCAUAUUUUAUGAUCCUCAUACUUUUUGUCAGAAAUACAUAUAUGAUGAAGUGGAAAGAGCAAACACUUUGGAGUCAGAAUUGUGAUCAAUUGUGAUUCAUGUAACUUCCAUGUUCUCUCAUGAGUACUCUUGGACAAGUUAUUUAAUAUCUUUGGAAUCUUAGCUUCUGUAUAUAGUUGAAUCAUAAUGCCUAUGUUUCAGUUAGUUUGUGGACUGAUUGAGAAAAUGCAAAGAUUUUGUAUGUGACUGAAGAACAAUUUUUACUCUGUGAAGCCUAAACAAAUAUUACAUUCUCAGCAUUUUUCUUCUGGAUGUUAUAAUUUAUAAAGGUCUAUCAAGGCUAUAAUAAACUAUUACAGUACCCUGAAGUUUAGAGAAAUAUUUUCUCUAAUUAACUUAAAUGUGAUUAUAUGACUUAGAUAUAUGGUUUUUUAAAAUGACAACUUCUAGUAAACUUGAAUUAUUUUUAAAAAAAUAUAAAUGAGAGUUUUGGCAUAAAUCCUGUGAUGCUUUAAGAUAAAAUAUAGCUGGUGAUUUGACUUGAUUUUAAUUGUAUAUAAAUGAUUGAAAAAACGCAAAGAAAUAAAAUGGGUUUAAUCAAUUUUCCAUUGA